AUGAGAGAAACUUUAACCAAGUAUAGGGUGUUUGAGAAGCCACAUUCAAACCCACUCCUCUCAUUCCUUGUGACUGGCCUGCUCAGCUACGAGGGUGACAAAUGGGUCAAGCAUAGAAGGAUCAUCAACCCAGCUUUCCACAUAGACAAGGUGAAGGACAUGUUACCUGCAUUUCAUGCCGCUUGUGAAAACAUGUUGAGCAAAUGGGAGACGCAUUUCUCAUCAAAGGAGACAUGUGAGUUGGAUGUGUGGCCUUAUCUUUGCGCUUUUUCUGGCGAUGCUAUUUCCCCGGCAGCAUUCGGUAGUAACUUCGAAGAAGGAGAAAGGUUCUUCAAGCUCCAAAAGGAACAAGGUGCUCUGACAUGUGAAGUUCUGAACUCGGUCUACAUACCAAUGUUGAGGUUUCUGCCAACUAAAAUGAACAGGAGCAUGAAACAGAUCUCCACUGAAAUGGCUAUUUGUCUGAGGGGAAUUAUCAACAAAAGAGAGAAGGCAAUGAGGGCAGGAGAAGCCACAGAAGAUGAUUUGUUGGGUAUACUUCUGAAAUCCAAUUUUAGUGAAAUUCAAGAGCAUGGAGACGACAAGGACGUCGGAAUGAGCAUCGAAGAAGUGAUUGAAGAAUGCAAAGUGUUUACUUAG